AUGGCGAAGCUGCUGGUGCCGCUGGUGGUGCUGGGGGCCGUGUCCGGGGCGGGGGUCCCGGUGUCGCCGCCGUCGCCGCGGUGUCCCCCGCGCUGCCUGUGCCCCGCGGCCGCGCCCAGCCCGACGCUGCUGUGCGCCCGCACGGGGCUGCUGGCGGUGCCGCCCAGCCUGGACCGCGGCGCCGUGGAGCUGCGCCUCGCCGACAACUUCAUCGGCGCCGUGGGGCGCGCAGACUUCGCCAACAUGAGCAGCCUGGUGCACCUGACGCUGUCGCGGAACGGGCUCCGCCGCCUCGCCCCCGGCGCCUUCGCCGACCUGCGCGCCCUGCGAGCGCUGCACCUGGACGGGAACCGGCUGCCCGCGCUGAGCGGGCCGCAGCUCCGCGGGCUGGCCAGCCUGCGCCACCUCAUCCUGGCCAACAACCAGCUGGCCGCCAUCGACGCCGCCGCCUUCGCCGCCUUCGCCGCCACCGUGGAGGACCUGGACCUGUCGCACAACAACCUGCCCGCCCUGCCCUGGGACGCCGUGGCCGCCAUGGGCAGCCUGGCCACGCUGACGCUGGACCACAACCUGCUGGAGCGGGUCCCGGCGGGCGCCGUGGCGCGGCUGCCGCGCCUGGCCCGGCUCGACCUGACGGCCAACCGGCUGCGGGCGCUGCCGCCGGUGCCGGGGCCGCCGGGGCCGGCGCUGGCGGCCGGGGGGAACCCCUUGCACUGCAACUGCGAAUUGCUGUGGCUGCGCCGCGUGGCUCAGCCGGGCCGCCUGGAGACGUGCGCCACGCCGGCGCCGCUGGCCGGGCGGCUGCUGGGAGCCGUGCCCGAGGAGGAGCUGACCUGCCGGGCCCCCGCCGUCACCGCCGCCGCCGCGCACCCGCCCGCCGUCACCGAGGGGCAGCCGCUGCGCCUGGGCUGCGCCGCCGUCGGGGACCCGCCGCCCGCGCUGCACUGGCUGGGCCCCGACGGGCGCGUGGUGCAGAACGGCUCCCGGCGCUCGGUGGGCGCCGACGGCUCCCUGGAGCUCCGCGUGGCCACGCUGAGGGACCACGGCGGCUUCACCUGCGUGGCCGCCAACGCGGCGGGCGAGGCGGCGGCGCGCGUGGACGUGGUGGUGGUGCCGCUGCCGGUGCCGCGGGGACGGGACGGGAACGGGGAGGCCGCGGCUCCCGAGGCCGGGCCGGGGCCCUCGGAUAUGGCCCAGGCGGGCGGCAAUGACACCUGGGGGGGACCCGGGGAGCGGCGGGUGGUGGCGGCGGAGGUGACCGGGUCCUCGGCGCGCAUCCGGUGGCUGCCGCAGCGCCACGUGCCCGGCGUGCGCAUGGUGCAGAUCCAGUACAACAGCUCGGCCGACGACGCCCUCGUCUACAGGUUGUUGCCCCCCUCCAGCCGCACGUUCGUGCUGCGGGACUUGGUCCCCGGGCGCCUGUACGAGCUCUGCGUGUCCACGCUGCGCGUUCUCGGGGACCCCCCCGCCGCCCCCCGCCCGCUCGGCUGCGUCUCCUUCGCCACGGCCGCCGCUCCCCCGGGCUGCGCCGCGCCCCCCCGGCCCCACUUCUUGGGGGGCACCGUCAUCAUCGUCAUCGGCGCCGCCAUCGCCGCCUCCGUGCUCGUCUUCAUCCUCAUCCUCACGGCGCGCUGGAAGGCGGCGGGGGCGCGGCGCCCCCCGCCCGCGCUCACCAGCGUCUGCUCCCAGACCAACGGCGGUCCCCGGCCCGCCGAGACCCCCGAGCUGCCCCCGCUGCCCCCGCUGCCCCCGCCCGCGGCCGGGGGUCCCGUGGCUGGGGGGGCGCGGGGGUUGUUCCCCAGCCACAGCUACCCCCGGCGGGCGCGGCCCCGGCGCCACGGGUCCCUCCCGCGGCUGGACGCGCCCGAGGGGAGCCCCCUGGGACCCCCCCUGCGCCCCUCGUUCGGCAGCACCCACUGGAUGCUGGAGAGCACCGUCUGA